AUGGCCACCAAGUACAUCAUCGGGUCGGUGGCGGCGUCUUUCGCCUUCGCGUACGUCUGCGGCGUCUAUGUCGCCGACAGGAAGGUCCUCGGAGGCACGACUCCACGGACCGUAGCGACGAACGAGUGGUGGCAGGAGACGGACAAGAAGUUCCAGGCGUGGCCUCGCACCGCCGGCCCGCCCGUCGCCAUGAACCCCAUCAGGCGCCAGAACUUCAUCGUCAAGUCGUCUGAAUGA